CCUCUCGUAGCAACCUCGACGACGACAAUCAACCCCCGACGCCACGACUUACGACCUCUAGCGAUCGACGCUGUCCAUUCCUCGACACACCGCCUUUCCGCUAAUCACAUAAUCGACAAUGGGUAUCUCCCGCGACAGCCGUCACAAGCGCGCCGCUACUGGUGCGAAGCGCUCGCACUACCGCAAGAAGCGUGCCUUCGAGCUCGGUCGCCAGUCCGCCGUUACCCGUAUCGGUCCCAAGCGCGUUCACAUUGUCCGCACUCGUGGUGGAAACCGCAAGUUCCGUGGUCUCCGUCUGGACUCCGGUAACUUCUCGUGGGGUUCUGAGGGUAUCUCCAAGAAGACCCGUGUCAUCGCCGUCGCGUACCAUCCUUCCAACAACGAGCUCGUCCGAACCAACACCCUGACUAGGUCCGCCAUCGUCCAGAUCGAUGCCGCUCCUUUCCGUCAGUGGUACGAGGCUCACUACGGUACCCUCCUCGGUAAGAGACGUGGACAGAAGGCUCAGGAUGCUGCCGCCGCCGCCGAGGCUGUGCCCAAGUCCAAGUCAGUCGAGAAGAAGAUCACCGCCCGCCAGCCCGGUGCCAAGGUCGACUCCGCCCUUGAGUCCCAGUUCGCUGCUGGUCGUCUGUUGGCCUGUGUCUCUUCGCGCCCCGGCCAGUCCGGGCGUGUUGAUGGAUACAUCUUGGAGGGUGAUGAGCUCUCUUUCUACCAGCGUGCCCUCAAGAAAUAAAUAAAUCUACGUUCGGGGGUUUCUUUUUGUUUGGUAGUUAGGAAAAAGUCCGGGAGUUUUCUUUUUAUACUAGCGACCGUGAAUCACCGAAUACCUACGCCAUUCUACACCUCUCAUGCCGCAUUAUUGUGAUGCAUGCAGAAAAAAGUACGAACGAGAUCCUGUGUAUCGGCCAUGAGAACACGGUUCUUCCAUGUAACUACUAGUGUCA